UCCUCCUGAGUCAGGCAGAGGAGAGGAAGCAGGCAGAGCAGCAGGGGAAAGAACUGUUUGCAGAAAUGGGUCUGGAUUUCUGUGAGGCAGAACCGACUCCGUUGGAUACCCGAGAGAGGCCACUGGGUGACAGGACGAUGCCAGCCAGACCUGCUCAACCAUCUCCUCACGAUGGCAGAGGAGAAGCAGCAGCUGGGAAACCAGAUCAGGGUCCAGUGUGCUUUGAAGAUGUAGCUGUCCAUUUCACAGACGAGGAGUGGGCGUUGCUGGAUCCUGACCAGAGAGCUCUGCAUAAGGAAGUCAUGGAGGAGAAUCGUGGGAUCUUGGACUCUCUCGUUGCAGGUGGUGAUGAACUGGAGAUGAAGAACGAGGGAGACCACAACGAAAUCCACACAGUGGAGGAGCCAUAUCAGGAUUCAGACUGUGGAGAGAGCUUCAGGCAGAGCUCCCAUUCCACUUCCCAUCAAAUAAAUCCACUUGAGAAGAAACCCCAUCAGUGCUUGGAAUGUGGAAAGAGCUUCAGUCACCGAGGCCAGCUUACUGUUCAUCAACUUAUUCAUACAGGGGAGAAACCCUAUAAAUGUUUGGAAUGUGGAAAGAGCUUCAAUAAGAGCAGCAAUCUCACUUCCCAUCAAAGAAUUCAUACAGGAGAGAAACCCUAUCAGUGCUUGGAAUGUGGAAAGAGCUUCAGUCACAGCCACCAACUAAGUGUCCAUCAAAAUAUUCAUACAGGGGAGAAACCCUAUAAAUGUUUGGAAUGUGAUAAGACAUUCACUCAGAGCUCCCAGCUCAGGACUCAUCAAAGAAUUCAUACAGGGGAGAAACCCUACCAGUGCUUGGAAUGUGGAAAGAGGUUCCGUCAGAGAUACAAGGUCACUGUCCAUCAGAGAAUUCAUACAAGGGAAAAACCUUAUCAGUGCCAAGAUUGUGGGCAGAGCUUCAGAAAAAAGGACAGAUUAACUUCCCACCAAAGAAUUCAUACAGGGGAGAAACCCUACCAGUGCCAAGAGUGUGGAAAGAGCUUCAGAACAAAGGAGAGUUUCACAGUCCAUCAUAGAAUUCAUACAGGGGAGAAACCUUAUCAGUGCCAAGAGUGUGGAAAGAGCUUCAGAACAAAGGAGAGUUUCACAGUCCAUCAUAGAAUUCAUACAGGGGAGAAACCUUAUCAGUGCUGGGAGUGUGGAAAGAGCUUCAUUCUAAAAGGCCAACUUAGGUCCCAUCAAAUAAUCCAUACAACAGAAAAACCCUAUCAAUGCCAAGAAUGUGACAAGAGCUUCAGUCGAAGAGAGAGUUUCACUUCCCAUCAGAGAAUUCAUACAGGGGAGAAACCCUAUAAAUGUUUGGAAUGUGGAAAGAGAUUCAUCUGGAGCACCAGUCUCACAACCCAUCAAAGAAUUCAUACAGGGGAAAAACCAUAUCACUGCUUGGAAUGUGGAAAGAGAUUUAUUCUCAGAAGGCAGCUUACUGACCAUCAGAUGAUUCAUACAGGGGAGAAACCCUAUAAAUGUUUGGAAUGUGGAAAGAGCUUCAAUGAGAGGUCCAAGCUCACUUCCCACCAAAGAAUUCAUACAGGAAAGAAACCCUAUCAGUGCUUGGAAUGUGGAAAGAGCUUCAAUGAGAGGUCCAAGCUCACUUCCCACCAAAGAAUUCAUACAGGAGAGAAACCCUAUCAGUGCUUAGAAUGUGGAAAGAGCUUCAAUGAGAGGUCCAAGCUCACUUCCCACCAAAGAAUUCAUACAGGGGAGAAACCUUAUCAUUGCUUGGAAUGUGGAAAGAGCUUCAUUCACAAAGGCCCGUUCAUGGCCCAUCAAAGAAUUCAUACGGGAGAGAAACCUUAUCAGUGCUUGGAAUGUGGAAAGAGCUUCAUUCACAGACGCCAGCUUACUAUCCAUCAAAUAAUUCACACAGGGCAGAAACCCCAUCAGUGCUUGGAAUGUGGGAAGAGCUUCAUAGACAAAGGCCAGCUCACUGUCCAUAAAAGAAUUCAUACAGGGGAGAAGCCAUAUCAGUGCUUGGAAUGUGGAAAGAGCUUCAAUAAGAGCAGCACUCUCACAACCCAUCAUAGACUUCAUACAGGGGAGAAACCCUAUAAAUGUUUGGAAUGUGGAAAGAGCUUCACCUGGAAAAUAAGUUUCACUUCCCACCAAAGAAUUCAUACAGGGGAGAAACCCUAUCAGUGCUUGGAGUGUGGAAAGAGCUUCAGUCACAGCUACCAGCUAAGUGUCCAUCAUAGACUUCAUACAGGGGAGAAGCCAUAUCAGUGCUUGGAAUGUGGAAAGAGUUUCACCCGGAGCACCAGUCUCACAACCCAUCACAGAAUUCAUACAGGGGAGAAACCCUAUAAAUGUUUGGAAUGUGGAAGCAGUUUCAAUACGAGCAGCAAACUCACUUCCCAUCAAAGAAUUCAUACAAGGGAGUAACCUUAUCAGUGCUUUUAGUGUGGAAAGAGCUUUACUCAAAAAUGCCAUUUUAAGGCCCAUCAAAGAGUUAAUCCAUGAGAAAAACCCUAUCAGUUACAAGAGUGUGGAAAGAGCUUCAGAAAAAUGGAUAGUGUCAUGUCCCAUCAGAGAAUUCAUACAGGGGAGAAACCCUAACAGUGGCAAGCAUGUGGAAAGAGCUUCAGCCACAGAGCCCGUCUUGUUUGCCAUUAAAGAACCCACAGUGGGGGCAAACUACAGUAGUGGCUGUAUACAGAUUUAAUUGGAGGAGACUUUAGUUCAUAUGAGGUAAUGAUUGCAGCUGGGUUCUUUGCCACAUCUGGUGCCCCAUAGUAAUACCUACUACGUACCCAGAGCUGUGACUUUUAAGUUCUUGGCCAAGGUGAAACUCCAAGGUGAAUUCCUUCUUUAUGUCAUGCCUGGAGAGAGGGAUAACAGUGAUUGGGUGACACUGAUGAGGUUGCUGUCCAUGCUGAUCUUUCCUAGGAAGGACUUGGUGUAAAAAAUGUGAUAGUUGAUUGAAUAUUAGAUAUUAUAGAUUUUGAUCAAAGUGUCCUAGUAUUAAUUGCAUCCAGCCUUUUAGAUAGAAUGCAUUAGGCUUGACUUUUGUAUGCCUGCAUUUUGUAACCCUCAUUCCACCCUCCUGUAAAGUUGUCCUGUGUAAGUUUCCUACCGCUUCCAGCCUUUUCAGACCCUAGAAGGGCAGAUGAUGUUUUGGGAAAGAGGUCUGUGUUGAGCUAGCAUCCGUGUGAGAACUCACAUCUCUCCUCAGGUCUUUGACAUGUUUUGGGAACAGGAAAGUAAGAUAGGGGAUAGGAAAAUCAACAGUCCCAUGGAAGUCCUGGUUGCCAUGGGCAUGGUGUCAAAGUGAGACAUAGGAGACCCAAAUGACCUGGGCACUCUGGGACACCCCAAGGUAAUUUCAGAGGAGUCGAUAUCCAAAUGAGCCACGCAUCCCAUGACCUGUGACCUUUCUUGAUGCAAGUGGAAGAGUGUUGUGGCAUUUUAUGAGUCUUUGUGUGCUGUGUAUAUAAGCUUUCUUCUAAUAUGCCUCCUGGCAGCCUUUUCAAACCAGCCCUUCUGCUGAAGAACUGGAUAGCAAGGCUGUCCGAUUGCAAUAGUUUGAAUAAACUGGGUCCCUGCAGGACUCUGAGUUUGCUCUCA